CUUCACUUUACAUCUACAACUUGUUGAAGCAAUAAACACACCAAACCAAAAGAGAAAAAAGUGAUGGCAAAAUGUAACAAGUGUCUCGCUGUGAUUCCUUUCCUCCUUCACUUCCUAUGCUUCCUGUUGCUCCCAAAGACCUUACAAUCACAAGAGAAUGAUUUUUCUCGUCAGCCUUCUGGCCAGUUCAUCUACACUCCCCACAAACGCUCAGAUUCUGAUCCUCAACAGGUGCACAUUUCACUGGUGGGGAAAGAUCAUAUGAGAGUGUCAUGGAUAACUGAAGACAAGCACACAGAAUCUCUGGUGGAGUAUGGAACAAUGGAAGGGGAAUAUAGCACAAUAGCAACGGGCGAAUACACCUCAUACCAUUAUUUCUUCUACAAAUCGGGCAAGAUCCACCAUGUGGUAAUUGGGCCUCUUCAACCAAGCACUACUUACUACUACAGGUGCGGAGGAUCGGGUCCUGAGUUUUCCUUCAAGACACCUCCAAAGAAGUUGCCUAUUGAAUUUGUUGUCGUCGGUGACUUGGGACAAACUGAAUGGACGACAUCAACACUGAAGCACGUUGAUAGCAAAGACUACGACGUGUUUCUAUUACCGGGAGAUCUAUCCUAUGCGGAUUCUCAACAACCUUUGUGGGACUCCUUUGGUCGUUUAGUGGAACCAUACGCUAGUCGAAGGCCAUGGAUGGUAACCGAAGGAAACCACGAGAUUGAGAGUUUCCCCAUUCUUCACCCACACGGUUUCAAGGCCUACAAUGCUCGCUGGCCCAUGCCUUACACAGAGAGUGGAUCCACCUCAAACCUAUAUUACUCAUUUGAGAUUGCAAGCACCCAUGUCAUCAUGUUGGGCUCUUACACUGAUUUUGAUGCCCAUUCCCACCAAUAUAAGUGGCUUCAAUCCGACCUAGCUACCGUUGAUAGGAAGAGAACGCCUUGGGUAAUUGCAUUGUUGCAUGCACCUUGGUAUAAUACUAAUGAGGCACAUCAAGGUGAAGGGGAAAGCAUGAGACAAGCCAUGGAGGAGUUGCUUUACGAGGCGCGCGUUGACUUGGUUUUCGCUGGACAUGUUCAUGCCUACGAACGAUUUACUCGAAUUUAUGACAAUAAGGCUGAUUCGUGUGGUCCGUUGUACGUGACAAUUGGAGACGGGGGAAACCGCGAGGGACUUGCAUUAUCGUUUAAGAAGCCAACAAGCCCGCUGUCGUUGUAUCGGGAGCCAAGCUUUGGUCAUGGAAGACUGAGAAUACUGAACGAAACACAUGCAUAUUGGUCAUGGCACCGCAACAAUGACACCCAGGCAUUUUUUGCUGACGGUGUUUGGAUAGAGAGUUUAAGCAACUCAAAAUCAUGCUGGGAGGUUCCUCAUGAAGAGCUCUGAAAAGCUCAACUUGGAGCAAUAGCAAUACCUACUUGAUGAUGCACUCCCACCAAGAAAUAAUUAAGAGAUGUCCCUUUAGUUAGUUCGUAUAUAGCAUUUUGCAUUUAUCUUUACAAAGCUAGGAUAUUUCCUCUUCU